AUGGCUUCAGGCGGCGUUCGUCGAUGGCAGCAGUUCGUGCAGGAGCUGGUCAUGAUUGCCGGCACGUCCGCCUCUGCGUAUUUCCUGAUUCGUUAUCUACUGUCGCGGAUUGACCUCGACCCUGACAGCCAGAAGAAGGAGGAGCAACGACGGAAGUCCGCAGCCAUUCUCCGAAGACUAGAUGGUCCGGACUCGGACGACGAGUCGCCGGGGAGGAGCGGGGGACGGCGUCGACGGAAGCAGAGAAAGGAGGAUCUCGUGCUGAAUCAGUAUGAACAAGCGAUCGCUAUGGACGUGGUCGCCCCAGAUGAUAUCCCCGUGUCGUUUGAGGACAUCGGAGGUCUGGACGACAUCAUCGAGGAGCUGAAGGAGUCGGUGAUAUACCCUCUGACAAUGCCACAUCUCUACUCUUCUACGUCUUCGCUACUGUCUGCGCCUUCCGGGGUUCUCCUCUACGGUCCACCGGGAUGCGGCAAGACGAUGCUCGCCAAAGCUCUGGCGCACGAGAGCGGGGCAUGCUUUAUCAACCUGCAUAUCUCCACCCUGACGGAGAAGUGGUAUGGCGAUUCCAACAAGCUGGUCAAUGCUGUGUUCACCCUCGCGAGGAAGCUACAACCCUCCAUUGUCUUCAUUGAUGAGAUUGAUGCUGUUCUGGGCACCCGGAGAAGCGGUGAACACGAAGCCAGUGGGAUGGUCAAGGCCGAGUUCAUGACGCAUUGGGAUGGUCUGACGUCGGCCAACUCCUUGGGUGAGCCCCAGCGAGUCGUGGUGCUGGGAGCCACGAAUCGCAUCCAGGACAUUGACGAAGCCAUUCUGAGACGGAUGCCCAAGAAGUUUCCGGUCGGGUUGCCGCCCGCGCCCCAGCGGCUGCGCAUCCUGUCUCUCAUUCUCAAGGACACCAAAAUCGAUCGCGAGAACUUUGACGUUGACUAUCUCGUAAAUGCCAUGGCUGGCAUGUCCGGCAGUGACAUCAAAGAGGCCUGUCGGGAUGCGGCGAUGGUCCCUGUCCGGGAAUUAAUCCGACAGAAGAGGGAGGCGGGGCAGCAUAUCACGUCAGUCGAUCCUCGAGAGGUGCGAGGACUUCGUACGGAGGAUUUCUUCAACCGUAAGGGGGGUGUGAAGAUCAUACCCAAACCCACGCCGUCCCAGGAGGCUAGUAAGACGGCGUCGGAGAAGGAUUGGAGCACCGACGAGGACGAGAGCCGUGAUGCGGGCCCGACCAGGAGUACGUGGGCAGUUGUAGGCUCUCCACCAGUUCCUUCUAUUGAUAGCAGAUAUCGCAACCAGCUGCCCACAGAUAUUCCAGCAUACUCCGCACGAUGCACUGCUUGCACGCGCAUUCCAUUGUUUGCUGCUGGAGUGGCGUCGAUCAGGCUUGGCGCCGCGUGUGCUCCGGAGCCCGAGGACGCUGCGAUGUACCCGGUACCUGCGAGCGCUGCGGGCUGCCCGCUCGACCUCCUCGACGCUUCCGACCCGGCCACUUCCAGCACCAGCACGAGCAGGAGGAGGUCGACGAGCACGGUCCGGCCUCGCAACCGACGGCUGGUAUCCUUCAAUGAGGAGAGGGAGGACGAUGGAGCGCAGUCGUUGACCUCGCGCCUGUCUGCGGCCUUCGCCGGGCUGACGCCGCCGCAGUCUCGUGGCACGACACCAUCUCCGUUCGCAUCGCGGAGGAGUUCGCCUUUGCCGGCGAAGCAUCCCUCUCGCGCUACUGAUGCCAGGCAAAGAAGCGAUGGUGACGAAUUUGCACGAGGAAAUGGGCUCAAAAGCAGCAACACGUCGCAAGGCGCAGGGUCGAAUCUCGCCGCUGAGCUCCUGGAAUCGUCGUGGUCGUCUUUACAGAGUCUAGCAUCUUCAUUUCUCGGGAGUGAUCCUACAAGGUCGAAGUCAGGCUCCGAGUCGGUAACAUCGCACAAGCGACGGAAGCCGUCGCGCUCGAAUUUCUACAUCAGCAGCGCGCCGAAGCAGACGCAACCGUCAUCAUGGGGACCCGCAGCGCCGGCCGCAACGCAGAUCGGCGCAGGGACCAAAGAGGAAAGACAAGCCUUAGUGCAGGCGAAGAAGAGGGAAGUUCUGUUACUUGCGAAUGGCGACUCGGUGUCGGAUCUCAAGGGUCGAUACAAACGGCGAGACUCGGCAGGAAGCCCGACGGCUGUUGAUCCGGAGCAAGACGAGGAGGCUUUGGUCUACAUUCACCAUGUACAACCCACCGACAGUAUGACGGGAGUUACGAUCAAAUACGGCUGUCAGCUUGCCGUCUUGAGGAAGGCCAAUGGGUUUUGGCCGAGCGAUAGUAUCCAGAGUAGAAAGGUCGUGUUACUGCCAGUCGAAGCAUGCUCGGUCAAGGGACGACGGGUGCGUCCGACAGAGGACCAGGAUCUUCUGGGUGAUGGGCCCUCCAAAGGGGAGUCUCUAGAAGAGGGGAAUACAAGUUCUAUAGCUCCGUCUGGCGAGACGGCAGCCGAGAGCAAGUCGCAUGGCACGAAGAACGAAAACGACCGGACAUGGAAACACGAAGCAUGGGUGCAGAUUGAAGGAUUCCCGGCGGCGGUGGAAAUUGGCCGCGUGCCUCGCCGGACAUUGGGGUUCUUUCCGCGCACGCGCCGAAAAUCGCAGUCCCGGCCGUAUACCGAUGCCGAAACGCCAUCGCCGUCUUUCGAUACAUCACGACCAAAGCGAUCAGACUCGUCAGCCCAACCUCCGACGUCUUCUGAUCCAUCUCUUCCAACGCCGCCGGACACGGGGCCUGGGAAUGCUGGCUCGCGUCGAGGCCAUCGACGGAACCGCAGCAGUAUCUGUCUGGUCGGGCCCGGGGGCGUAGGGACUCUUGAUCGGGACGUGACCGCGCCUGGACCUGCACCUGACGGGUUGAACAAGUUCGUCAGUCAGCAUCUGCCCCAUCUGACCGUCCCACCGCCGCCUGGCACUCCGGGCGAGACGUCAGUCGAGUCUACGGCCUCGACAACGACGUCGUCGACGACGGGGCUGGAGAACGUCGGCGGGGCGAUUGAGGGCUGGAUGCGGAAGAUGGCAAGUCGGGCGAAGGCGGGCCUGGCCGAGUUGCAGCAGAGCACGCAGCCCCAGCCGGGACAGGCGGUUGGAAUAGGCGGACUGGGCGAUCUGAUCGAGUUGGAUGACGGGCUUGAGGGGACGGCAUCAGUCGGCAGUGCCGGUGCAAGCGCAAGCGCAGGGCCGAGGAGGUCGCGGCAUGCAGGCGCAGGCACCGGCACGUCACACUCACACUCACAUUUCCGCGAACGAUAUCCCAGCCCAUCGGUGUCAGCGACGAGCAGGGCUCGCGCCACCGGGGCAGAAUCGGGGAUGGACGAGAGACUGAAGGGGGAUUAA